AUGUCGAACCCGAACCAGCUGUACCUCCUCGCCGACCACGUCAAGCUCUCGCUGCUCGAGCGCCAGCGCGCCCGCAGCCUCAACCUCCUCGACGGCGACUCCAACGACGGCCACAUAUCCCGCUCCCUCGACCAGUUCCGCGACGGCCUCGCCCUCCUCGCCAAGGAGCAGAAGCGGCUCGAGGACGCCGGCGACGAAGAUGGCGUCCUCGCCAUCUCCGACGCCCUGCCCACCCUUCAGAAGCAGUACGACGACCUGAUCUCGCAAUUCCACGGCUUCUCGUCGCCGUCGAGCGCGUCGACGCUCACGCAUGCGAACGACCCGGCGCUCGAGCCGGACUUCGAGCACGCCACGGCCCCGGCCCCGGCCGCCGCCGCCGCGCGAGCUUCCUCCCCCUCCGCGUCCGCCACCCCGGCCAACGCGCCGCGCCGGAGCUCCCGCGGCGGCGGCAGCAGCGCGCCUAAGACCGUGCGCUUCAGCGACAACCCGUCCUCCGCAGACGCCGACGCCGACUUGGACCUAGAAGCGGCGCAGCGCGAGCUCUUCGGCCCGCGGUACCGGGACGACCCGGCGAGCGGGGGCGGGGGCGAGGGCGGAGACGGGGACGGGGGGGCGGCGACGCUGGGGUACCGGGACGAGGCGGAGGCGCUGGGGAGCAACGUGCAGAUCCACGCGUACCACCGGCGGAUCCUGGACGAGCAGGACGCGCAGCUGGACGCGCUGGGGGCGAGCAUCGCGCGGCAGCGCGAGCUGAGCCUGCGCAUCGGCGACGAGCUCGACGAGCACGUGGCCAUGCUCGACGACGUCGACGGCGCCGCCGGCCGCCACCUGUCGCGCCUCGACCGCGCGCGCCGCCGCGUCGGCCGCCUCUCCCGCGCCGCCGGCGAGAGCCGCCAGAUGAUCGCCAUCGUCGUCCUCAUCGUCGUGCUCGUCCUGCUCAUCGCCGUCCUCAAGUGA